AUGUUGUACAAGAACUUUCUCGGCGACGUUGGUCCGGCCGUUCGCCCUACGAGCGUCGGAAUAGCUGUCACUAAGCAGUUUGGUAUAAAGAUGGAUUAUUGGAAAUCACACCGGUCGCUGAAAUUUGCAAGGGAAAUCGAUGAGGGAACACCUGAGUGUGGGUUUGAAAGCUUGCCUUCUUACUUAUACAUGAUAAGAAGGGCAAAUCCGAGUACAGUUACGCGUCUUCAAAUCGAUGAGCUUGGAAGAUUCAUGUAUGUGUUUCUUGCCUUUGGUGCGAGCGUUAAUGGGUUUCCUUUCAUGCGCAAAGUUGUUGUAGUCGACGAUACGUUUCUCAUUGGUAAAUACAAAGGGACGCAACUCACAGCACUAGCUCAGGACGGUAACUUCCAGAUUUUUCCAAUAGCCUUCGCAGUGGUUGACACAGAAAAUGAUGAUUCGUGGCAUUGGUUUUUUACGCAACUAAAACUUCUGAUUCCUGACGACGAGGGUCUUGCGAUAAUCUCAGACAUGCAUAACUCGAUAGGGAAAGCAAUUAGAAAUUACAAAGGAAAAGAAGCAUUCCGUCUGGUGAAGAAAGCGACGAGAUGUUUUAGGAUGUCUGACUUUACUGCGAUUUUCGAGGAGAUUGAAGCGAUUCAUCCUCCACUCCACGGCUACCUCCAAAGAGCUGAUGUCCGCCUGUGGACGCGUGUUCAUUUCCCGGGCGAGAGGUACAAUUUGAUGACUACAAACAUAGCGGAAUCAAUGAACAGAGCAUUGUCGCAUGCUAGAGGUCUAAACAUUGUUCGAAUAUUAGAAUCGAUACGGGUUAUGAUGACGGGAUGGUUUGUUGAACGGAGAGAGGAUGCCAGAUCGCAGCCAACGACGCUUACGCGUGGUGUUGAGAAACUACUACAUGGUCGUGUAACUGCCGCCAGAGAAUUGACGGUCCAAAGGAUUGAUGAUCAUCACACUGAAGUUAAAUAUGGAUCUUCUAGCGAGUCUUUGAAUGUUGCUAAUUUGGUAGAGCGAAAGUGCACAUGUCGGCGUUUCGAACGCGAGAAAUUACCAUGUGUACACGCAAUCGCAGCUGCGGAGUACAACAAUGUUUGUCGUAUAUCCCUGUGCAGUCCUUACUAUAACACUGAAUAUUUGGUUAACGCAUACGCUGAAUCUAUCAUGCCGGCUGACUCAGUGCAACCUGUUCCAGAAAUCGUGGCAAACCAACCGUGCUUGCCCCCGUAUAUUCGUCAACAACGAGGAAGACCUAAGAAAAAUAGGAUGAAAUCUGCUUUAGAAGUUGCACUUAAAAACAAACGUCCUAGGAAAGAACACACAUGUUCUCGAUCUAUACAGAGUGGCCAUAAUGCGAAAACUUGUCCGAUGUAA